AUGACCCUGAUCGGGCAUCUCCUGGGCAUCUUGCGAAAAAGAACACCACUAGAUGAACAGGUUCCACUUCAAGGCAUGUCUUGUAGACGGUGCUCUCGCCGAAGUUAUGGUGUCCCACUUUCCCAUCCAGGAACCAGACAUGAAGUUUACAGAGGUGAAAGUGACACAUUGGUUUGUCUUGAGGAUGGACUAUGGUCAUACCCAGAGGCUUACUGCAAGAUUGAGUGUCCGGAUCCAACAUCUGUUUCCAAUGCCACACUCUUAGUUCCUCAGUGUCAUGGAGGCGGGCAUGAUGUGGGCACUGUGUGCCGCUACAAAUGCAACCCGGGAUAUUACGUCACAGGCACACUCAACAAAAAGCCAAGAAAGAAGUUUCUGAGGUUGGAGUGUUUGGAGGGUGGGACAUGGCAAGAGGGAAGCUGUUCACCUGUCACAUGCCCUCCUCUCCCGCUGAUGUUUGAGGGCAUGUACACCUGCACCAACAAUUUGGACUUUGAUAGUAUCUGCACCCUACAAUGUCCCGAUCCAACAGAAAGGUCCAGCAUUCGAUGCACCAAAGAUGGCAAAUGGACUGAGGACUUUACUAUGUGUAAGAAGAUAGAGGGAUUGUGCCAGCCUCCUCUUAACCUUAACCUGGUGGAAUACAGCUGUGAGGAUGGCUUUGACGUGGGUGCAGUUUGUUACCCAACAUGCAUUGUGGCCUUGAGUGACCCCGUGGUGUUUGCCAAUGGCUCUAGCGCUGAUACAGUAGAACACUGGAUGCUUCCCAGCAAGGUUCAGAGUAUUGUCUGUACUGGCAUGUUGAAGUGGCAUCCGAAUCCAGCACAGAUCAACUGCAUUCAGUCCUGCGAGCCAUUCGGAGGAGAUGGUUGGUGUGACACCAUUAAUAACCGAGCGUACUGCCAAUAUGACGGCGGAGACUGCUGUCCAUCCACUCUGUCAUCUAGAAAGGUCAUUCAGUUCGGGGUGGACUGCGAUCACGAUGAGUGCACCUGCCGUGACCCCGAAGCCGAGGAGAACAAGGGCACAGCCAAGCGAAAGGAGCCAGGACGGCUGUGAGUGAUAGCGUGGCGGAGAGCGUGCGGAAAGCUUUCAGACUGGCUUGAAAAGAAAAUGUCAAACAAUAAAUUGAAUGUUUCUCACUCCACACGAGUGCCAGGCUGAUCAAAGGCAUAGUAUAUCAAAGCAUGUAAGUGCAUAAAACAAUCCCUUUCGAUAUUAAUCUAUAAAAUAAUACCUAAUAUAUUUUCAAGAUCUCUAACAGAGAUGUAGAUAUGACCUAUAUUUUAGCAAACAAGCAGUUGCGUACACCAUCAAACACAAACACACACACACCGCACUUAAUUUUUUAAAUAUUUUUUUUUAUUCCCUGUACAUGUACAUGCAAAACCUGUGAAAUGCAUGUGACAGUUCAUUUAUAGAAAUUGUAAUGGAAAUAUGAUACUAUUUUUGUAUUCUCUUUUGUCUGUUAAAGUGUAGGUUCACUGUCAUAUCAAUAAAGUAUAA